UUCGUAGGAUCAAUUAUAUUUUUAAAUAUAUAUUCUUUCGUUCAAUUUAAAACUACUAGUGAUUUCUGUGUACCAUUGGUGGCCAUUACAAAACCUAAACUUUUUAUCAGGACAAAUGUCCAAUUUUGAUGUUUCGGCGACGUUGUGAAGCUAAUCAAAAUUGAUCGUUUCGCGAGUCGCCGAAACAUCUUUACAGAUGCAGUGAUUCGAAAAUGAUUUUGAGAUAAAUUCUACAGUGUAGUGUAUAAAGUGUUAAAAGAACGAAAAAAAUAGUAAUUAAUAAAAAAAGUCGUGUGUGGAUUGGUGCAGUGUGUGAUGGAGAGAUUGCAGUGUGGUGGUUGUUGACAUGGACUGCAGCACAGUGAAGCCCCUGCUGAUAGCGGGCUCCAAGUCAUCUGACGUGUCCGCCUUAAACACACAGAAUCACUAAUAUUAUGAAUAAGCGUGAAGGCAAUAAGGAUAAGGAACGUCAGAGUGACGAUAAAAGAACUUCCACCGCCACCGGAGCGGCGGGCGGCCGUGCAGGCGGCAGCAACGCGAUGCACACCUCGCGGCACUCGGUCACCUCCUCGUCGGGCGUGCUGAUGGUCGGCCCGAACUUCCGGGUCGGCAAGAAGAUCGGAUGCGGCAACUUCGGGGAACUCAGGCUCGGGAAGAAUCUGUACAACAACGAACAUGUCGCGAUCAAGAUGGAGCCGAUGAAGUCCAAGGCCCCGCAACUACACCUAGAAUAUCGAUUUUAUAAAUUAUUAGGAACCCAUGCGCCGUCGACAGCGGAGGGUAUACCGGAGGUGUACUACUUCGGGCCGUGCGGUAAAUACAAUGCAUUGGUUAUGGAGCUGCUGGGUCCGUCGCUGGAGGACCUGUUCGACCUGUGCGGGCGCCGCUUCUCACUUAAGACUGUGUUGAUGAUCGCAAUGCAGCUGCUACAUCGCAUCGAAUAUGUCCACACACGACAUCUCAUAUACCGCGACGUGAAGCCGGAGAAUUUUUUAAUAGGUAGAACAACAACUAAACGAGAAAAGAUCAUACACAUCAUUGAUUUCGGUUUGGCCAAAGAAUAUAUAGAUUUAGAGACAAACAAACAUAUACCGUACCGGGAACACAAGUCACUCACCGGCACGGCGAGAUACAUGUCAAUCAACACACACUUAGGAAAAGAACAAUCAAGACGCGACGACCUAGAAGCGCUUGGGCAUAUGUUUAUGUAUUUUUUACGUGGUUCCUUACCCUGGCAGGGUUUAAAAGCUGACACACUCAAAGAAAGAUACCAAAAAAUCGGCGACACGAAACGAGCUACGCCUAUCGAGGUGCUGUGCGAGGGCCACCCUGAGGAGAUGGCGACGUACUUGCGUUACGUGCGACGGCUCGACUUCUUCGAGACGCCAGACUACGAGCAGCUGCGGCGCAUGUUCCGCGACUUGUUCGAGCGCCGCGGAUACCUCGACGACGGCGAGUUCGACUGGACCGGCAAGACUAUGUCGACACCAGUGGGAUCAAUUCAAACUGGACACGAAAUCGUGGUCUCGCCAAAUCGAGACAGACAUCAGCCCUUUCACAAGGGAGAUUUGUGUGAUUAUCAUGAGGACGAUGAAGCAGCAUUGAUUAUCGGAGAGGGGGCUGUAAAAGAUUCAGGUACAGGAGGCACCGGGAACACGGGUGGCAACUGGCCUCCCAGCGGGAAGGCGACUCCGCUCACUACGGGCCAUCUGACGCCCGCCGACAGACACGGAUCGGUGCAGCUAAUGAAGAAUAAACAUUUUCGGUAUGUCAAAUUCCCCGGCUCGCUGUCUACGGUCGUGAGCUCCACCAACGGUGAGCUGGGCGCCGAUGACCCCACGGCGGGUCACAGCAACACGCCCAUCACUCAGCCACACCACGAGGUCGACGUGGUGGACGACACCAAGUCAGUGUUGCAACUAUGCUGUUGUUUCUUCAAACGCAAAAAGAAGAAGUGCGCGACCCGUGCGUACAAGUGACGAGUGAGUUUAACGUGACAGAUGACGUCAUACGCACGCAAGCACGCAGCCAGACACCUAACCCGCACACACACAUAUAUAAAACAAACACGCGCGCCUACGUCAUACGGUUUCUUAUAUGCUAUAUAUAUGUGCAUAUAUAUUUUAUUAUGGACAUGUUACACAUUUAUGAAUUAUAAGAAAUUAAUACGGAAUUAUUUUGAUUUCUGAUUGUUUUGUUUUUUUACGUCUUAUCAGCAUAAUAUCUUAUUUCUAAAUAUUUGAAGAGUUUAUUUAUUGAAUUAGGCAGUAUUUUGCGCAAACUCAAAAUAAUCCAUAUUUUUUUGAGUUUUACUGAGUGUAAAUUCUGUUAAUAUUCGUCCUUAUUCCAUUCGACACGUGUUUCGCGUCUACACGAGGCAUCCUCAGGAUAUGUUGUCUCGUCAAAUUCUACGCACGAGACUCAGUGCCUCUGGUGAGUCAGAAUUGAUUCAGUUCAAAUAUUAGCAGAAUUUACACCCAAGAAAACUAAAAAAAAAUGGAUAUUUGAAGAGUUUGUUAGUAAAAGUAUUAAUCAUUACAUUAUAACUUCUAAAUAGAAUUUAAUAUAAGCUCUCAGAUGGAAAUAAAAAAAAUGUAUCAAGGAAAAACUUCAAGAAAUUUUCAUUAUUUUUUGAAAUAAGGAGGUAUCAAUUUCCUACUCCUUCACUAUACAACUCAUGUAGACAAAAUUGUCUUUGGGAUAAGGUGAUGGUUAUCAUUGUAACUAUAUUGUCAGUAGAUAAAUAUAUGUGAUCACGUAAAGUGGCUGAAAAUGUUGCUAACAUUUUGACUAAAGUGACCUUUGUUAAUAACAAAUUUUGUAAAUAAUAUCAUAUUUAUAUAACGUAAGCAAGUAAAGUUUGUGCAAAUCCAUUUUUUUUAGAAAAAAUAUCAAAAUCUUCAUCUAGGUAGGCACGAAAGUAUUGUUGAUAAAUGAAAAGUUCGGUUAAAAUUUAUUAAAUAUUAUUCAUAAUCGGACGUAGCUCCUGAAAAACGCUCCAAGCCGCAAACAUCACAUUUUAAGGAAUUUGUGUUUUUAGUUUAAUAUAUAUAUAGGUGUGUUCAUACAUUUGGGUUGGGCUACUAAGUCAUGAUGUCAUUUAAAGAGUGACAGUAGGCUGCCAUUUUUUGUCAGUCCGUUAAUAUAAAUCACGUGACCAGUUUUGUGUUCUCAAUUUCGACAUGAUUGUGGUUUGGAACGUUUUUCUAGAAAUACGUCCAAUCAUCGUAUAAAUCCUAACGAAGUUUAUAUUAUAAUAAUUGUCAAAUUCUUAGAUAAUUUACACGUCUAGAUAGUCUCUUGCUGUUAGUUAGACAACCGAUAAAAACAGGCCACGAAUAUUAGAGUGUGCGUGACAAGCUAUGUCUUACACUCGCGAUUUGUAUGACUCUUUAUGUUAGUGUGCGUGAAUUGCUCAAAGUAGAGGUUAGUUCUAAACUCAAUUUUUUUCCGACGUUUUCACAGCUGUCAUAGCCUAUCUAGACGUAUAAAUGAUCAAAUUCUAACACUAAUUUGACAUUCUUAAAGAAAACUUUGACACCGUAGUACGUCUGAUAGCGGGUACUAAUGAACAGUCUGAGAGCAAAAAGCUUAUAACAUAUUGUAAGAUUUCCAACUAAUUAAAAAUAUCAAUAUCAACAAGACUAAUAAAUGUUUAGUCUAUUCAUUAAUAUAUCUCUGAUUGUUGUCGCCUUCUAGUAAAUUAUUGUAAAUUUGUCAAUCGGUUCAUUAUAUUGAAUUGAUUCGAGCUCAAAACGAUAAUUUUUGAGCAAAUUCUAAUAGGUAAAUAUUGACAUAGAGUUUUAUAAACAUGUAAGUAGAUAGAUUUGCAUUAUUGGAAAAUCGGAAAUGGUUUUAAAUUUUAUAAUUUUAUGAGCUGCGUAGAGUAUUAUUUUUAAUGAUCAAUUAUUUAUUGUAACCAGAAUCAAAAUUCGUUGAUCAUAGCUAAAUGUGACGUAUGGUGUGAUAUGAGGGUAGGUGCGUAUUUUGCGGCGUUGCCUUGUUUUAACUGUUUGUGUUCCCGUCCGUAGCCAGUUAUGUUUCGUUCAUCAAAGUCUUGCAAUUCUAUUUAUUAUUUCCAUUAGGGACACGAGACUUCACGAACUAAUUAAAAAAAUACAAAAAAAAAGAAGAUUCCAUUCCAAUUUUCGAACAAAACGCUGAGUAGUACAGUGCGUAGAGUUAGAUCGCUUCGUUUAGAUCAAUGAGUUCAGUACUGUGCAUGCAAAAUUGUGUCGUAUUUGUAUCGUAGUACAGUACAUAUUUGCCCGAUCAUAUUAUUUAUUAAGUUGUAUAUUGUAUUAGUGUAAACAAAGUAAUAAAUCACUCAGUUUUUUUUAACAGUUGCAUACUAAAGACCGGGCAAUUUUCUACCCUACUUUCGAUAUUUGGACAUGGUUAUGCUGUGAUGUGAUAAUUUAUCUUAAAUCUUGGCACCUGUAAGAUUGGUGCAUUUUUGCAUAAUGUGGUCCAUUUACGAUAUAAUUUUGUAGAUGAAUAAAUUACCAUAUUAACAUAGUUGGUAUCACUUUAUUAUCUAAGUAUUUGUGUCGUUCAACUCGUGUCUUUAUCAUGCGGGCCUUUAGUUCUGUGUUGUAUUUUUAACACACUGUGUAUGACAUAUGUGUGAUUGUGCGAAUAUUAUACAAUGGCAUUUUUGUCCCAUAUGUUCAUGAUAGAAUUCUACAGGAAUACGUAUAAAAAAUCAUCUAGAAGAGUGAGAAAGUAAAGAAACCAAUUUAAAAAAUUCAGAAUAAUGCGCAGAUAUAGUAUCAAGGUGCAUCAACGUACGGAAACUAAAUAAAAGUUUUGUGUUGUGUCUAUCAAUUAAUUAAACAAUUUAACGAAAUCUUAAAGUUUGCCGGUAGCAGCUUUUUUAUUUUUACACUGGUAGCAAUAAGAGUUCGAUAUGACUGGAUCGGCCUAUCACUUCAAGCAGCGCUCGUUCCCGAUCACUCCAGUCGCGAUAUCAGGGAAAAGAACGACUCCCCCCCACAACGCUUUUUUGACAUUUAACAAGCCUGGCAACUUCAGCCUCUAGUCGAUUCCGAGAAGAUUGAAGAAUAUAUUGUUAUUUGGAAACAUUUCUUUUUAUUGCGUUUUUGAAGUCGGCUUAACUAAACGUAAUUGUUACCGCACAGCUGUAUUAGACCUUUGUAGAGCUAGCAAUGAAAGUAACAUAAGCACAUGAACACAAUGGGUACAACAUGGAACUCGGGCCCGUUAGCAUAUUGUAGGUGUAAUUUUAUUUAGUCAUUGUCUAUUUAAGUUUGGUUGAUCGAAAUAUAAUGUAACAUUACAUCGGCUCCCUUUUCCUGCCGUAAUUUUUGUCCUUAUAUUAUUUAUGCAGAUUAGAUUAAGGUAACCUCCGACAGCUCCAGUGAGCCGCGGACAGUUACGGUAGCUGUAUGGAUUGUGUACGAGAUAGAUGGACAUCACUCAAAACAACUGUUUAUAUAUUAUAUGAUAUACUAGCGUGCAAUAAUUUAUGUCUUCAUUACAAUAUUCUAAUCUACUCCAAGACUGAACGCAAUACUUCAUCCUGUGUUCAUCAGCGUGCUCCUCGUUUCGUGUGUCAAUUGCUAGUGACUUGUUUGAUUGCAACUUCGUACGCCGUUUCCAAAUUCUUCUCGCUAUAAUCAUGUUAUAAAUGAGCGUUGUUGCAAUCACCCUGCAAGUGAUACUUUCACACUAAUAAUUUCAAACUUCAAAAUGACAUUGACAGUUGUUGCUACGUGACAUCACCUAUGCAAUGUUUUCUUAUUAUUAUCUGUAAGUUUUAAUGGCGCUUCUGUCAGCGCGGAUGUUGUUAGGAUCUCUGAAUGUAUAGUUCAGCUUAAUGUUGAGUCGUCAAUAGACUGAAGUCGACGAUCACGGCUCGCGGUCCGGUCUGUGUGCUCUUGGCGGGAGUCCUCUAGUGUUGUCUAUGCCCGGACUUGGCCACACUGAGCGACCACGUGUACAAAUUGUACAGCUUAGGAAAAAAACAUUUGUAAAUUUUCGCUUGAUGUGGCAAUGCGGAUGUAUCUCACUUGGGUAAGUAUGAAAUGUCACAAUGUCUUACUACAAACGAGUAUGAAGCUAUUAUAUUGAUAACGAUUUUAAUAAAAUAUACAAUGGUACGAUGAGGUACCAGUUUGUAUUAAGAUAUUGUAUGUUGGUACCCCGAGGUGUCGUGAUGUUCGUCGCAUCUAUAACAAUAUUUUGAAUAUGUCAUAUAAUAGUCAUCACAAACGUAUGCAAAGAUUAGAAAUUUCGUUUCGGCUAAGUAAUGUUAAAGUGUUUUAAUAUUGAAACAUCUUGUUGUGUCGUUUUCAUAAUUUUAGUGAGAUAUUAGAUAAUGCGGCCUGCGCCGUUUGUACAUGAUUGCAAAUUUUUUGAUGAAUUGUAAACAAAAUAUUCCCCUAGUUAUAAUAUUAUCAUUGUACAAUCAUUAUGUAAGGUGAAUCAUUCAAAUAUUAAAUACCAUAGAGGUACCUAAUUGUUAAUUUCUAUUUGCUAGAUAGAAUAAUCAAAUUAGAUUGGGUAUUGAAUCGUGUGAUCUCUUCUAGCGCGGGUCCCAGUGGGCUUGUGUCGCAAUAACUGUCAUCAACUGUCGGCGGGCUGACGGCUCCAGUGAUACGGGCUGUGACGCCCCGUGCAGUCUCACCAUUGCAGUGACUGACCAUUUAUUUAUAAUAACCAUUCUAUUAAGUUCACCAGAUUUAGUCUUAAUUCGCUGGGAAUGAUUAACAAGUCUUGUUUUGUUGGAGCACCUUGUCAAACUGAUUUUAGAGAAUAAUAAAAUAAACGCUUAUAAUUCUUGCUCGUAUGACAGUGAUAUGUACCGUGGAUAUUUGAUGUCACUGUCAUUUUGACACGUGACAGUUGGCGUUGAAACUGUCAGCAAGUUAUGUGGCGAAAGCAUAUAUGCAUUUAUUUUCUCAUAAUUUAUUCCUUUGGAAUACUUAUUAAGGAAAUAAAUGCCUUUUGAGGUGCUUGGUACCACGUAAGUUACUGAUUCAAAAUGGUAUUUCGGAAGUGAUACCUUAUCAUGUCUUGACGGCCGGAUAGAGGAUGCACGGGACGCUGUUUUGAGCUAUACUUAUUAACUUUAUGUAUUAAAUUAAAAGAUGCUUUGAAACUGAAUUGAAUUAUUGUUAAGUAUAAAAUAAAUAUUCAUUAUUAUAGACAUUCUCAGUGUUUAUUAUUUUAUCUAACAAGUAAAUAUUUGCGGAUGCAAUUCAACAUAUAUUCCGUUGAGGUCACAACCUGUUUUCAAAAAUACGAAGAUAUUUGUUAACUCAUAAUUAAAUAAAGCUUAUUAUUAAGAGAA